UUAGCAAUACCAAUAGUGAGGCCAGAAAUACUUUUAGUCGAGUGUGAGGAUGUUUCUGCAAAGAUAUUUUGGACAGAAUCCUCCGAUCACAGUUCCUUGAAUUCAUCUCUUCCACUUGAAACGUUUCUUCAAAUAAGCACAGAAAAUAAUGCAUUUGUGAACUGCACGUAUGAAAGAAUUGAAACUAAUAGAAGCAAUUUCUAUAUUUAUCAAGUAACCAAUUUAAAACCUAAUACAAAAUACAGAUUCAAAUUCAUGGUCACCGAUCGAUUUAAAAGUGAUUCCAUGAACAUUCAGACAUGUUUCACGGAUGAAGAAAAAGUUAAAAGUCAUAAAGACGAGUACAGCAUGGGACUAGCUCUUGGUGGAGCAGUAGGUGGCGCCCUGUUUCUAGUGUUAUUUGUUAGUGUUGGAGUCGUUACUGUUUGUAAAUCCAGACAAAAAAGUCGAAUAAAGUCCACAGAAGUUACAUCGAGUGCACACUAUGUAAAACACCCUUGUCCGACGACUGAUCAGACUUAUCAAGAAAUCUCUUCCAAUCAAAACACUGAAUUACAAAAUAAACAUUACGUAGAUCAUUUAUGCCCGGCGACUGAUCAUCCUUAUCAAGAUGUUUCAAACCAAAUCAAAGAUCCUGAAACUACGCUUGAAAGAGGAGAAUACAUGGAAAUACCAGAUACAAUCCUGACGAACGAAGAAAGUCAUUAUCAUACAUUAACGUAAAUAUACUGUUACUUCAACAAGGAGUGGCCGAAACUACAGCUGAACAAAAUGUAUUUUUUAUGCCUCGACUGAACAUAUUUCUAAGGACUUUACAUUAUUUUUUCUAUAAUGAAUGCAUUUAUUAACCUGUUGGAUUUCUUUUUGUCUGAAAAAAAAAUUACGUAAUGUUUUCAUUGUUUAUCGCUGUAGAAGGUUAUUAGGCAAUGUUUGAUAUCAAAUUAAUUAAAGGCAAACAUGAUCUGUAAAAGAAAAAAAUUAAUGGAAAGAAAUCUCAUCCAAAUAUACCCGGAAAUGAACAAGAAAAUUGAAUAAUAGCAGAUCUGAUAGUGGCCAUUAAAGUACCAAGAAAUGCAUCAAGAGUGUCAUUCUUUUUGUCCUUGUUAUUUCAAAUGAAGUUCAAUUUGCACAAAAAUUACGAAUUUUCCUCGGCCUAUAAUCAUAUUUCUAAUAAUAAACUCGAAAAAGGUACUUUAAAAGGUAAAUUAUUAUGCACAAAGGACUAAGUGCGGUAUGGUCAAAUAUCUGCCCCAGAUUUCAACCAAUUUUUAAAAAGUAUCGUAUAAAAAAAAUCUUAACAAAUCAAUAUAUAGAGGAUGCCAAUAACUUUUAUAAUGAUUUUAGUCAUCAUUGCUCAUUCGCUGUGUA